ACAGAAAAAGAGCACACAUUUUUUGCAAGUGUCAGAGCUUUGCGGCUUUGUGUGUGUUGGAAUUUUGUAGUGUGCGUGUGUGUGUGUGUGUGUGUGAGACGACCAAAAAAGCCGACAUCAGCGCCCAUUUUUUGUUGUUGAUUCAUUAAAUACGCUGCGCACACACACACACUGCUCACACGCGGAAUGUGCCUGUGUUGGUGAGUUGGAGCAGCGCCCCACACACAGCGCGCCUCUGGCAGAGAAAGAAACAGUUACCGCACGAAGAACCACCGCAUUCGCAGCUCCGUGAGCGGCGAAAGAAGUCGACGUCAUAAAAUUUGUCAUCGCCUUGCAUUAGAGCAACCUAAUUCUGCAAAAAUAUCAUCUAUAGGCCGCCGCUCAUCAUGAUCUUGCUGGAAAUCAAUAAUCGGAUUAUAGAGGAGACACUCCUUGUCAAAUACCGCAACGCCCAGGCCGGACUGAAGCCAGAAUCGAUAGACAUACGAAUAGCUGACUUCGAUGGCGUACUCUAUCACAUUUCAAAUGUGAAUAACGAUAAAACAAAAGUGAGGAUCAGCAUAUCGCUAAAGUUCUACAAACAGCUGCAAGAGCAUGGGGCUGACGAGCUGCUGAAGCGUGAAUAUGGCAGUCUGCUAACUGACACAGAAGAAGGCUACAACGUUUCUGUACUUAUAAAUCUGGAAGAAAUCCCCGAGGACUGGGAGCAAAUUGCAAAGAGAAUUGGACUGCUGAAGCGCAACUGUUUUGCCUCCGUCUUUGAAAAGUAUUUCGACUACCAGGAGCAAGGAGAAGAAGGACAAAAGCGUGCCGUAAUUAACUACCGCAACGAUGAGACUUUGUACGUGGAAGCCAAGCCAGAUCGUGUCACCGUUGUUUUCAGCACUAUCUUCCGUGAUGAGGACGACGUCGUAAUUGGCAAAGUAUUUAUGCAGGAAUUGAGAGAAGGGCGACGUGCUUCUCACACAGCCCCACAAGUGCUCUUUACGCACCGAGAACCGCCCCUGGAAUUGGCCAACACGGAUGCCAGAGUAGGCGACAACAUUGGCUAUGUCACAUUUGUGCUCUUCCCUCGGCAUACCAACAAAGAAACGAGGGACAAUACCAUCAAUCUAAUCCACAUGUUCCGAGAUUAUUUGCAUUACCACAUCAAGUGUUCAAAGGCAUACAUUCAUUCCCGCAUGCGCGCAAAAACCUCGGACUUCCUCAAGGUGCUAAAUCGUGCCAGGCCUGAGCCCAAGAAUACGGAGAAGAAAACCAUAACGGGGAGAACAUUUAAACGCAUGGAAUGAUGCGUGCAGUAUGUUUAGUUGUUUUUAAAUACAUAAAUAUAAAGAAAUGAACUGUCUAUUGAAAUGCAAAAAGAGAACAUACGCUUUGCUUCGGCAAAGCAAUGGAAACCCCAGCAGAGCAGGAAAGACAAAUAGUAGAAAAAAGAAAGUAUUUGAAACGGAAAGUUAAGGCUAAAUGUAAGCUCAGCAACAUAAUGAACAAAGAGUUAAUAGUUAUGCGUAAAUAAUUGAUAAUUGGUAAACUUGUGAGUGUUUUGUGUAGAGUCAACGUCAGUGUCAGUGUCAGCCUCAGCAAAUUUGUUACAGUCAUUAGCCGAGUCGGCGCCACAGCAGAGAAGCAACAUUUUAAACUAAUAAAUCAACUAAACUUAAGUGCAAAAAGCAUUGAAAAAUGUCAUGUCAUAACAGACCAAACGAGUCGAGUGCGAUGCGGUAUGCCAACAACUUGUUAUAUAGUCGCAAUUGUGGAAAACGCUGUCCCCACUAGCCUAUAUGUACGUAUGUGUAGAAAACGCAUUUAAAAACAUAAUCCUGCAAACAAAACAUUAUUAACGAACCUUUGAUACCACAAAAAAGCAGAAAGCAAAAAGCAAACUGAAUUAAUAAAACGAGAAACCCAAUUUGCAAUAUAAA